AUUGUCUGACGUAAAAUUCAGUCGACCGUCAGAUUUCGGGUCAGACCGGUGGAGUUGUUGGGGGAGAAGUAAACAUGGCCCUGAGGGCGCUCCGGUUGGUCUUCCCCUUGGGGACAUCCGUGCUGAGAUCUGGCAAAGUCGCUCAGAAGGCGUCCGUGCACACCACCCCCGCUAGGAAUUUGGUGUACGGCUGGUGGGCCUACAUGCUGGGAGAGAGGACCACGCCACGCUUCAGUCAGUACAGCAAGAUCAUCUCCGUGGACGGCAACCUGGCGUCGGGGAAAGGAGCGCUGGCGCAGAACCUGGCCGAGCAGCUGGGGCUGCUGUACAUGCCAGAGCCCGACGUCUUCUACCUGGACACAAUGACCGGCCAGAAGGAGCCCCUCUCCAUCGACUUCAACGGGAUGUGCAGCCUGGAGAAGUUCUAUGAGGACCCCAAAGCCGCAGACGGGAACAGCUACAGGCUGCAGCUGUGGAUGUACAACAUGAGGCUGCUCCAGUACUCCAACGCCGUCGAACACCUGCUCACCACAGGCCAAGGAGUCGUCCUGGAGCGCUCCAUCUUCAGCGACAUGGUCUUCCUGGACGCCAUGUUCCAGCAGGGCUACAUCAGGAAGGAGUGCGUGAAGCACUACGAGGAGAUCAAAAACAUCAGCAUCUGCGAGUUCCUGCCGCCGCACCUCGUCAUCUACGUGGACGUGCCCGCUGAGGAGGUGCACAAGAAGCUGCAACAGAGCGGCAAGAACGUGCCUUUGGCGUACCUGAAGAGCAUCGAGGACAGCUACAAGAAGACCUUCCUGCCAGAAAUCAGUGAUAAAGCGGAGCUGCUAGUGUACGACGGGACCCAAGCUCAAGACUUUGAGAAAGUGGCGGAGGACGUGGAGAUUUUGAAGUUCGACAAGGGGCCGUGGCUGAAGCAGGACGACGUCUCCUAUCACCACAUGAGAAUACUCGUUCAGGACAAACAGAGCGUGUCCUCGCUGAUCCAAAUCCCCGUGUUCCUGCCGGAGAUCACCGUCACAGGUCACGAAUUUGAGGAAAAAUACUACGCCUACAGAGGGCUGCGUGGGCAGAAGUACAAUCCUGGUUACAACGCCGACGUGGGAGACAAAUACAUUUGGCUCAAGUGAAGAAGAAACCUUGGUCAGCGUGUGUACAUCGUAAAUAUAUAUAUGUUCAAAACC